GCGUUCUUUUACCGCCGCACUCGAGUCUUCGGUAGCUAAUGAAAAAGAAAGAGGAGAAUAAAAGAAGAACCGAAAGGGGAAUAUAGCAAUCUUUUUUUGUAUUUUUUUUUUUUGUUAUUCCCCGAUAUAAGACGAUGUGUCAUUUGUUCAAACAGUAGGCACAGUGAUUCGGGGCCAGGAAUGCUAUCCAAGCUAGUGAACGGAGAGGAUUGUGCAGUGUGGCCAUACCUAUGUUGAUGAUCAGUCCGAGGAUGGCAUCAGGAAGUCAAGAGAAGCUGUACGGCCCAUCACUGUUGAAUUUUUUUAUCUACAAUCCAAAGUUUGGACCCAGGGAAGGCGAGGAAGAAAAGAAAAUUCUCUUCUAUCAUCCCAGUGAGUUGGAGAAGAAUGAAAAAAUCCGCAAUGUUGGGCUCUGUGAGGCUAUUGUACAGUUUACAAGGACUUUCUGCCCUACAAAACCUGCCAAAUCCUUACACACCCAGAAAAACAGGCAGUUCUUUUUCGAGCCAGAAGAACACUUUUGGAUGGUCAUGGUUGUGAAAAAUCCCAUGAUAGAAAGACCCAGCAAGGGUGGAAAGCCAGUUCUGGAGUAUCAAGAGGAAGAAAUGCUGGACUCAGUAUAUGGGGCUGUGCUGCAGCAGUGCUAUAACAUGUACAAGUUGUUCAACGGGAGAUUCUCAAAAGCAAUGGAUGAAGGUGGUGUGGCUCUUCUCAGGGAGCGGCUGGAGAAGUUCUUCUACAGAUACUUGCAAGCUCUACAUUUAGGAUCAUGUGACCUCCUGGAUGUGUUUGGUGGCAUCAGCUUUUUCCCUUUGGAUAAGAUGACCUACUUGAAGAUCCAGUCCUUUGUAAAUCAGAUGGAGCAAAGCCUGAACUUGGUCAAAUACACUGCCUUCCUGUACAACGAUCAGCUAAUCUGGAGUGGACUGGAACAAGAUGACAUGAGAAUCCUGUACAAAUACUUGACAACGUCCCUUUUCCCACGGCAUUCUGAGCCUGAGUUGGCAGGACGGGAUUCUCCAAUGCGAUCAGAAAUGUCAGGGAAUCUUCUUCACUAUGGAAGGUUUCUCACGGGACCGACAAACCUGAAAGAUCCAGAAGCAAAAUUUAGGUUUCCAAAAAUCUAUGUGAACACAGAGAAUGGUUAUGAGGAGCUCCACUUGAUUGUCUACAAGGCAAUGAGCGCUGCUGUGUGUUUUAUGAUCAACGCCACAGCCGAGCUGACGCGGGAGUUCUGUGAGCAGCUUGACAACCUGGUUGGGCCCCGACUUACCCUGCUGGCCUCUGAUAUCUGUGAGCAUCACAACAUCAACAGGAGGACACCUGGGCUAGAAAAGGAGCCCCAUUUUAAAUUCAUCUACUUCAACCAUAUGAACCUGGCAGAGAAAAGUACCAUCCACAUGCGCAAGACGGCCAGCGUCUCACUGACUUCUGUUCACCCGGAUCUGAUGAAGAUCCUCGGAGAUAUUAACAGCGACUUCUCCAGGGUUGAUGAUGACGAGGAAAUAAUUGUCAAGACGAUGACCGAUUACUGGGUGGUUGGAAAGAAGUCUGAUCAAAGAGAACUGUACGUUAUUCUGAAUCAGAAGAACGCCAACUUGAUCGAAGUAAACGAGGAAGUGAAGAAACUUUGUGUGACACAGUUCAAUAACAUUUUCUUUUUGGACUAAGGACCACGACCGAGCGUAACUGAGCUAACACUUUGACGUCUGUCAAGGCGGCCCUUACUUAUUCGCCUCUUGCAAUGCAAUAAUUUACACAAAAGGCCGCUGCAAGCUGCACUCAUUUUGCAUUUUUCUUUUUUUUUUCCCACUACCUUCUAAUAAUAAUAAAUUGAAAUAUUUUCAUUUCAUAGAAACAAAUUCUUUUUCUAAAUUAUGUAUGUAAAUAUUUAUCAAAAUCCAGUAACUGUUACAAAGAAAUGUUUGAGUAGAUUUUUCUAAACAGAUUAAAAAAAAAAAUCAGGUAAAUUGGUUGAAGAGAAUCGGAAGAUCAACUUUGUAAGUUUACUGUAUUUAUUAAAUUAAAGCCUCAUGUCGUCAUUAUUGGAUUUUUUUACAUUACUGAAAAUAAAAACAUCUUAUGAUGGACUCGUCAUUUCUGCCAAACGAUA